AUGUGGCUAGUAUUUCCCCUGGGCGCUUAUAUUAUCAUUGGAAUGGUGCAUACAGCUAAUGCAUUCAUCGAACAGAGCGUACGUGUCAGGGGAAGACUUCUAUGCGGCUCUCAGCCGGCUUCUGGUAUCCUGGUAAAAUUGGUCGAUAAAGAUAAUGGUCCGAAUCCGGAUGACUUAAUGGCUUCCUGUCAUACAGAUAGAGGUGGUAAAUUUGAUUUACAAGGCAACUCAUACGAAUUAUCGACGAUUGAUCCUGAAGUUCGAAUUUAUCACGAUUGCAACGACUACGGAAGGGUAUAUAUAAUUCACAUUCUUUUAAAAUAG